AUGGGGGAUAGUCUGGAGGAUGGUAACAUUAAACGGGAUCCCAAUGUGAGGAACAACUUCCAUAAUUGUCAGCAAAGCGUGGAUAUUAGCAGGAAAUCAACUGCAGCCAAGUUGAGAAAAAACGAUAAGAUUGGUGAGAUAAAUUCUGUCAUGAACUCAGACAAGGGACGACACAGGAGAAGUAAGGCAGACCAAAAGAUGAAGAGCUCAUUGUCCAGCUAUGAACAGAAAUCAGUAUUGGCCAAAGUGGAGGAUGGUUACGGAAACCUGGAUCCCAAUGUGAGGAACAACUUCCAUGAUUGUCAGCAUGGGUGGGGUAUAGGGCAGGGAAUUAUUUGCAGCCAAGCAGAGAAGAAAGAGAUGCAGAACAGAAGGGCCCAUUCCAAGGAGCAAAAGAAGGACCCAGGUCAUCAUCCAGGGAACAUCACAGAGAAGAACUCAGACGAAGGACGACACAGGAGAAGUAAGGGAGACCAAAAGAUGAAGAGCUCAUUGUCCAGCUAUGAACAGAAAUCAGUAUUGGCCAAAGUGGAGGAUGGUUACGGAAACCUGGAUCCCAAUCUGCAGCCAUCAUUGAAAGAUGGGGAUGCAGAACAGAAGGGCUAUUCCAAGGAGCAAAAGAAGGACCCAGGUCAUCAUCCAGAGAACAUCACAGAGAAGAACUCAGACAAAGGACGACACAGGAGAAGUAAGGCAGACCAAAAGAUGAAGAGCUCAUUGUCCAGCUAUGAACAGAAAUCAGUAUUGGCCAAAGUGGAGGAUGGUUACGGAAACCUGGAUCCCAAUGUGAGGAACAACUUCCAUGAUUGUCAGCGUGGGUGGGGUAUAGGGCAGGGAAUUAUCUGCAGCCAAGCAGAGAAGAAAGGGAUGCAGAACAGAAGGGCCCAUUCCAAGGAGCAAAAGAAGGACCCAGGUCAUCAUCCAGGGAACAUCACAGAGAAAAACUCAAAUAAAGGACGACACAGGAGAAGUAAGGGAGACCAAAAGAUGAAGAGCUCAUUGUCCAGCUAUGAACAGAAAUCAGUAUUGGCCAAAGUGGAGGAUGGUUACGGAAACCUGGAUCCCAAUGUGAGGAACAACUUCCAUGAUUGUCAGCGUGGGUGGGGUAUAGGGCAGGGAAUUAUCUGCAGCCAAGCAGAGAAGAAAGGGAUGCAGAACAGAAGGGCCCAUUCCAAGGAGCAAAAGAAGGACCCAGGUCAUCAUCCAGGGAACAUCACAGAGAAGAACUCAGACGAAGGACGACACAGGAGAAGUAAGGGAGACCAAAAGAUGAAGAGCUCAUUGUCCAGCUAUGAACAGAAAUCAGUAUUGGCCAAAGUGGAGGAUGGUUACGGAAACCUGGAUCCCAAUGUGAGGAACAACUUCCAUGAUUGUCAGCGUGGGUGGGGUAUAGGGCAGGGAAUUAUCUGCAGCCAAGCAGAGAAGAAAGGGAACUCAGACGAAGGACGACACAGGAGAAGUAAGGGAGACCAAAAGAUGAAGAGCUCAUUGUCCAGCUAUCAACAGAAAUCAGUAUUGGCCAAAGUGGAGGAUGGUUACGGAAACCUGGAUCCCAAUGUGAGGAACAACUUCCAUGAUUGUCAGCAUGGGUGGGGUAUAGGGCAGGGAAUUAUCUGCAGCCAAGCAGAGAAGAAAGGGAUGCAGAACAGAAGGGCCCAUUCCAAGGAGCAAAAGAAGGACCCAGGUCAUCAUCCAGGGAACAUCACAGAGAAGAACUCAGACGAAGGACGACACAGGAGAAGUAAGGCAGACCAAAAGAUGAAGAGCUCAUUGUCCAGCUAUGAACAGAAAUCAGUAUUGGCCAAAGUGGAGGAUGGUUACGGAAACCUGGAUCCCAAUGUGAGGAACAACUUCCAUGAUUGUCAGCAUGGGUGGGGUAUAGGGCAGGGAAUUAUCUGCAGCCAAGCAGAGAAGAAAGGGAACUCAGACGAAGGACGACACAGGAGAAGUAAGGGAGACCAAAAGAUGAAGAGCUCAUUGUCCAGCUAUCAACAGAAAUCAGUAUUGGCCAAAGUGGAGGAUGGUUACGGAAACCUGGAUCCCAAUGUGAGGAACAACUUCCAUGAUUGUCAGCGUGGGUGGGGUAUAGGGCAGGGAAUUAUCUGCAGCCAAGCAGAGAAGAAAGGGAUGCAGAACAGAAGGGCCCAUUCCAAGGAGCAAAAGAAGGACCCAGGUCAUCAUCCAGGGAACAUCACAGAGAAGAACUCAGACGAAGGACGACACAGGAGAAGUAAGGGAGACCAAAAGAUGAAGAGCUCAUUGUCCAGCUAUGAACAGAAAUCAGUAUUGGCCAAAGUGGAGGAUGGUUACGGAAACCUGGAUCCCAAUGUGAGGAACAACUUCCAUGAUUGUCAGCAUGGGUGGGGUAUAGGGCAGGGAAUUAUCUGCAGCCAAGCAGAGAAGAAAGGGAUGCAGAACAGAAGGGCCCAUUCCAAGGAGCAAAAGAAGGACCCAGGUCAUCAUCCAGGGAACAUCACAGAGAAAAACUCAAAUAAAGGACGACACAGGAGAAGUAAGGGAGACCAAAAGAUGAAGAGCUCAUUGUCCAGCUAUGAACAGAAAUCAGUAUUGGCCAAAGUGGAGGAUGGUUACGGAAACCUGGAUCCCAAUGUGAGGAACAACUUCCAUGAUUGUCAGCGUGGGUGGGGUAUAGGGCAGGGAAUUAUCUGCAGCCAAGCAGAGAAGAAAGGGAUGCAGAACAGAAGGGCCCAUUCCAAGGAGCAAAAGAAGGACCCAGGUCAUCAUCCAGGGAACAUCACAGAGAAGAACUCAGACGAAGGACGACACAGGAGAAGUAAGGGAGACCAAAAGAUGAAGAGCUCAUUGUCCAGCUAUGAACAGAAAUCAGUAUUGGCCAAAGUGGAGGAUGGUUACGGAAACCUGGAUCCCAAUGUGAGGAACAACUUCCAUGAUUGUCAGCGUGGGUGGGGUAUAGGGCAGGGAAUUAUCUGCAGCCAAGCAGAGAAGAAAGGGAACUCAGACGAAGGACGACACAGGAGAAGUAAGGGAGACCAAAAGAUGAAGAGCUCAUUGUCCAGCUAUGAACAGAAAUCAGUAUUGGCCAAAGUGGAGGAUGGUUACGGAAACCUGGAUCCCAAUGUGAGGAACAACUUCCAUGAUUGUCAGCAUGGGUGGGGUAUAGGGCAGGGAAUUAUCUGCAGCCAAGCAGAGAAGAAAGGGAUGCAGAACAGAAGGGCCCAUUCCAAGGAGCAAAAGAAGGACCCAGGUCAUCAUCCAGGGAACAUCACAGAGAAGAACUCAGACGAAGGACGACACAGGAGAAGUAAGGCAGACCAAAAGAUGAAGAGCUCAUUGUCCAGCUAUGAACAGAAAUCAGUAUUGGCCAAAGUGGAGGAUGGUUACGGAAACCUGGAUCCCAAUGUGAGGAACAACUUCCAUGAUUGUCAGCAUGGGUGGGGUAUAGGGCAGGGAAUUAUCUGCAGCCAAGCAGAGAAGAAAGGGAACUCAGACGAAGGACGACACAGGAGAAGUAAGGGAGACCAAAAGAUGAAGAGCUCAUUGUCCAGCUAUCAACAGAAAUCAGUAUUGGCCAAAGUGGAGGAUGGUUACGGAAACCUGGAUCCCAAUGUGAGGAACAACUUCCAUGAUUGUCAGCGUGGGUGGGGUAUAGGGCAGGGAAUUAUCUGCAGCCAAGCAGAGAAGAAAGGGAUGCAGAACAGAAGGGCCCAUUCCAAGGAGCAAAAGAAGGACCCAGGUCAUCAUCCAGGGAACAUCACAGAGAAGAACUCAGACGAAGGACGACACAGGAGAAGUAAGGGAGACCAAAAGAUGAAGAGCUCAUUGUCCAGCUAUGAACAGAAAUCAGUAUUGGCCAAAGUGGAGGAUGGUUACGGAAACCUGGAUCCCAAUGUGAGGAACAACUUCCAUGAUUGUCAGCAUGGGUGGGGUAUAGGGCAGGGAAUUAUCUGCAGCCAAGCAGAGAAGAAAGGGAUGCAGAACAGAAGGGCCCAUUCCAAGGAGCAAAAGAAGGACCCAGGUCAUCAUCCAGGGAACAUCACAGAGAAGAACUCAGACGAAGGACGACACAGGAGAAGUAAGGGAGACCAAAAGAUGAAGAGCUCAUUGUCCAGCUAUGAACAGAAAUCAGUAUUGGCCAAAGUGGAGGAUGGUUACGGAAACCUGGAUCCCAAUGUGAGGAACAACUUCCAUGAUUGUCAGCAUGGGUGGGGUAUAGGGCAGGGAAUUAUCUGCAGCCAAGCAGAGAAGAAAGGGAUGCAGAACAGAAGGGCCCAUUCCAAGGAGCAAAAGAGGGACCCAGGUCAUCAUCCAGGGAACAUCACAGAGAAGAACUCAGACGAAGGACGACACAGGAGAAGUAAGGGAGACCAAAAGAUGAAGAGCUCAUUGUCCAGCUAUGAACAGAAAUCAGUAUUGGCCAAAGUGGAGGAUGGUUACGGAAACCUGGAUCCCAAUGUGAGGAACAACUUCCAUGAUUGUCAGCAUGGGUGGGGUAUAGGGCAGGGAAUUAUCUGCAGCCAAGCAGAGAAGAAAGGGAUGCAGAACAGAAGGGCCCAUUCCAAGGAGCAAAAGAAGGACCCAGGUCAUCAUCCAGGGAACAUCACAGAGAAGAACUCAGAUGAAGGACGACACAGGAGAAGUAAGGCAGACCAAAAGAUGAAGAGCUCAUUGUCCAGCUAUGAACAGAAAUCAGUAUUGGCCAAAGUGGAGGAUGGUUACGGAUACCUGGAUCCCAAUGUGAGGAACAACUUCCAUGAUUGUCAGCAUGGGUGGGGUAUAGGGCAGGGAAUUAUCUGCAGCCAAGCAGAGAAGAAAGGGAUGCAGAACAGAAGGGCCCAUUCCAAGGAGCAAAAGAAGGACCCAGGAACUCAGACGAAGGACGACACAGGAGAAGAGGAUGGUUACGUAUGCCUGGAUCCCGAUGUGGGGAACAACUUCCAUGAUUGUCAGCAUGGAGUGAGGUAUAGGACAGGAAAUUAUCUGCAGCCAAGCAGAGAAAAAAAGGGAAGAAGAAGCUUAGGACCAUCCGAAGCACGUGGUGAGGAGGAGUCUGUUGUCUCACAUUCAGCUGCAGCCAUCAUUGAAAGAUGA